AUGAGUCAUCGGAACUUGGUCCCUCUCUUGGGUUAUUGCCGCCGAAAAGACGAGCUUCUUUUGGUGUACGACUACAUGCCCAACGGAAGCUUAGACAAGUACUUGUAUAAUGGUCCGGAGGUAACCCUCGACUGGAAACAGAGGUUUAAAGUCAUCAAAGGUGUGGCCUCUGCUCUAUUCUACCUCCACGAGGACUGGGAACAAGUGGUGAUUCACCGCGAUGUCAAAGCCAGCAACGUCUUGUUAGAUGCGGAGCUCAAUGGGAGACUCGGGGAUUUCGGUUUAGCUCGGUUGUGCGGUCACGGGUCGGACCCUCUAACCACGCAUGUCGCUGGAACAUGGGGAUACCUAGCCCCUGAUCACAUCAGGACAGGAAAGGCCACAACCGCAACCGAUGUUUUUGCGUUUGGGGUGCUCGUACUUGAAGUUGCGUGCGGCAGACGAAACAUUUUGGAUGCCAAGGAUCCGAAUCUAGGGGCAGAGUAUGAUCAAAGUGAGGUGGAAAUGGUUUUGAAGGUAGGUUUGUUGUGCUCUCAUUCCGACCCACAUGCUAGACCAACUAUGAGACAAGUGUUGAAUUACCUAAACGGAGACGCAAUGUUACCAGAUUUGUCACCGUUGGACUUACGUGGCAACGGGAUGAUGCUGGGAAUCCACCAGGGAGUUGGUGAGCUAGUUAUGUCUAAAGGUGGAUCUUCCAUGGUUGACUCUAUACUCUCUGUAGGAAGGUGA